AUGAGUUCCCUCCGAUUUCUUGACCUGGUCAAGCCGUUUGUGCCGUUCCUCCCCGAGGUUCAGCAGCCGGAAACCAAGAUCCCUUUCAACCAGAAGUUGAUGUGGACCGCCCUCACACUCCUCAUCUUCUUGGUAAUGAGCCAGAUGCCUCUUUACGGUAUCGUCUCAUCGGACAACUCUGAUCCUCUAUACUGGCUACGAAUGGUAAUGGCGAGUAACCGAGGAACUUUGAUGGAACUGGGUAUUACCCCCAUCAUUUCCUCUGGAAUGGUCUUCCAACUACUCGCCGGCACCCACAUGAUUGACGUCAAUCUCGACCUCAAGUCCGACCGCGAACUAUACCAGACUGCCCAAAAGCUCUUUGCCUUUAUUCUGGCUGCCGGUACCGCCACCGUUUACGUCUUUACUGGUCUUUACGGCCCCCCGUCCGACCUCGGUGCUGGUAUCGUCUUCCUCCUGAUUCUCCAGCUCGUUGUCGCCGGCAUGAUUGUCAUUUUGCUCGAUGAACUCCUCCAGAAGGGCUACGGUCUUGGCAGCGGUAUCUCUCUGUUCAUUGCCACCAACAUCUGCGAGUCCAUCAUGUGGAAGGCUUUCUCGCCUACCACGAUCAACACUGGUCGCGGCCCCGAGUUCGAAGGCGCCGUGAUUGCCCUCUUCCACCUUUUGAUGACGUGGCCCAACAAGCAGCGUGCUCUGCAGGAGGCUUUCUACAGACAGAACCUGCCCAACAUCAUGAACCUUCUGGCUACCAUCCUGGUUUUCGUCGCCGUCAUCUACCUCCAGGGCUUCCGCGUCGAAAUUCCCGUCAAGUCCUCCCGCCAGCGCGGCGCUCGUGGAUCCUACCCCGUCCGCCUAUUCUAUACGUCCAACAUGCCCAUCAUGUUGCAGUCUGCUCUGUCUUCCAACGUCUUCCUCAUCAGCCAGAUGAUGUACUCGCGAUUCUCCGAGAACCUCUUGGUCCGCCUAUUCGGUGUUUGGGAGGCCAACGACGGUUCCUCUCAGCUCCAUGCCGUCUCUGGUAUUGCCUACUACAUGUCCCCUCCUCUCAACUUCAAGGACGCACUUCUUGAUCCCAUCCACACCGCUGUGUACAUCGUGUACAUGCUCGGCGCUUGCGCUCUUUUCUCCAAGACUUGGAUCGAGGUGUCCGGCUCCAGCCCUCGCGACGUUGCCAAGCAGCUCAAGGACCAGGGUCUGGUCAUGGCCGGUCACCGUGACCAGAGCAUGUACAAGGAGCUCAAGCGCAUCAUUCCCACUGCGGCCGCGUUCGGUGGUGCCUGCAUCGGUGCUCUGUCUGUUGCCAGCGACCUCCUCGGCGCUCUCGGCUCUGGUACCGGUACCCUCCUUGCCGUGACUAUUAUCUACGGUUACUUCGAAAUCGCCGCCAAAGAAGGCGACUUGGCUGGCAUGAAGGGCAUGAUCAUGGGUUAA